UAGGAGGGCGUUUGGUUUCAACCUUUCAGCUUAUCUUGACUCAGCUGAGCUUUGCGAGGGCAUAGCAAAUACACAACUCCCUAAAUCUACUCGUAAGGUAAUAUAAAACCAGGCAUUUUUCAUUUAUUUUUAUCUUUAAAAAAAAAAAGCUAUAUUUUGGAUGACUUUGGAGUAUUUCAAAGUGGAUAUGUUGACCUUCGUCUUUGUGUGCCUCUCUAUCUCAGUCACAGGACUGCAUGCCGCUUUUACGGUUUCUGUUGGUAAUCCCGCAGUAAAAGUGAAAGAGAAUGAGGGAGUUGACUUGAAAUGUUCCUACACUGCUGACUUUGGGUCAUCACCUAGAGUAGAAUGGAAGUUCAAGGAUCUCAAGGGCUCUCAAACAUUGGUCUACUUUGAUAACCAGCCAACUGGUAAGUAUGCAGGCCGUAUCACUGUGUAUGAUGGAGGACUGAGAUUUAACAAGGUGACACGAGCAGACACCGGAGACUAUGACUGUGAGGUGUCUGGCAAUGGUGGAUAUGACGAGAAGACCAUCAAACUCACAGUCCUUGUGCCUCCUUCCAAGCCUGUAUCCAGAAUCCCUUCAUCAGUCACAACAGGCAGUAACGCCCGCCUGACCUGCUUCGACACAGAUGGCUCCCCUCCAUCCACCUACAGGUGGUACAAGGACAACACUCCCCUCCCUGAGGAUCCAACCAAGUUCCCCAAUUUUAAGAACCUCACCUACAAGAUGAACAUUUUCAGUGGUAACCUGGAGUUUGCGAGUGUGUCUAAGUUGGAUACUGGUUCAUAUUUCUGUGAGGCCAGUAAUGGAGAAGGCACCCCUCAGCGUGGAGAUGCAGCGCGCAUGGAAGUCCAGAUGUCUGGAAAGGUGCAGAAUUUUGAAAUGAAAAUGUGUUUCCCUGAUGAUCUAAAUGUUGGAGGCAUUGUUGCGGGGGUUAUUGUGGCUUUGCUGGCAGUCGGAUUGCUCCUCUUUGGUCUCUGGUUUGCCAGUAAAAAGGGAUAUCUGCCAAAAAAAGCAGAAAGCAAGCCAAAACAAGCUGUUUAUACACAGCCCAGAACAGAUGAUAUGGAUGAUGAGGAUGGGGAAUUCAGACAGAAAUCAUCUUUUGUUGUGUAGUGUGUGCUACUCUGCAUGAAAUGUGGAGAUUCAAUGCCUAGAUCAAUUUUUUUCUGUUUAAGAAGUUCAUACAAAUCAGGAUCAGUGUGUAUGUGAUGAGAAAUGCCUUUCUACUUGGCUUUCCAAGCUGGUUGACCAUAGAAAUAUUCAAAAGCUUUAAAGCAGCCAUUGUAAAUGUGCAGAUUGCAGAUUGAGUUUUAGGAAUCUAAACCUGUGUCUCGGUUUUGUAGAAAUGAAUAGAAAUGUAAUUUAUUGAACUAUGAUUAAUCUGUGAGUGGAACACAAACCUAAAGGGUCUAAGAUCAAUUCUCUAUUAAUAGAAUAUGCUUUGUUGUUUUGUUUAGUUAUGUGUGGACUAAGAUGUCCAAUGCUAUUUUUACAUAACUCUGCACUAUGAGAUGGAAACUUCUUGGGGAAGAGAAGCUAGGCUACUAUGAAUGUUCACCAUUCAGGAUAUAAUGUCCCCUCUCCUUUAUAUAAACAUUUGCUGUACAUUGUAGUCAUUGAUAUGUGGUUUGUUUACUUCACUGGCUUUUUUAUGAUAGAGUACCUUGUGUGUUUUUAUGUGUUUAUACCUUUUAUGUAAUGUAAAUAGAUCUUUCUGUCUUUUUAUUAGAUUUUUUAAGAUUUGAAAUCGUGCUUUAUUGACCUCUGAAUUAUUCAUCUGAGAACAAAUGACAAAACCCCUUUUUUUUCCUUUUAUUUGAUUGCAUUUUUAAUGUGUGACUUGAUCCCAUUCUUCUAAUAAAUGAAAUUUACUGAAUAUGA